GACCUGUGGCCCCCCCAGCUCAUCAUGGCUCGGGCGCUGGGAACAGUGGGGGCACCGUGGCUGUUGGGGCUCUGCUGCUCUCUGGCCAUCGCCCACCCUCUUUCUCUGACUGCUGGCCCUAAGCACGGAGCUGAAGGCAGGAAUGAGUCCAAGCCGGACCCAGACGUGACCGAACGCUGCUCGGAUGGCUGGGGCUUCGACGCCAGCACCCUGGAUGAGCACGGGGCUAUGCUGUUUUUUAAAGGGCCGUCUGUGUGGGCGGGUCAAAACUGGACCCGGGGGUUAAUCUCAGAGAGGUGGAAAAACGCCCCCAGCUCCGUGGACGCCGCCUUCCGCCGUGGUCACGACAGAGUCUUUCUCAUCCAGGGGGACAAGGUCUGGGUCUACCCUCCAGAGAAGGAGAAAGAAAAUCCAAGGUCGCUCCAAGAGGAGUUUCCUGGAGUCCCAUCCCCACUGGAUGCUGCAGUGGAAUGUCACCGUGGAGAAUGCCAAGAUGAGGGCGUCCUCUUCUUCCAAGGCACCCACACCUGGUUCUGGGACUCCACGACAAAAACCACAAAGGAGCGCCUCUGGCCGGCCGUGGGCAACUGCUCCUCCGCCAUGCGAUGGAUCAGCCGCUACUACUGCUUCCGGGGUAACCAGUUCCUGCGCUUUGACCCCGUCACGGGACAUGUGGAUCCCAAAUACCCUCGGGAUGUCCGCGACUACUUCAUGUCCUGCCCGGCAGAGGUGAGAGGGCCCCAGCCGGGGUGGGAUCUGUCGGCCUCCCCGGGGAACGCAACCCACCGUGGGGAUGACCGCUGUAGCCCAGACCUGGUCUUGACUGCACUGCUGUCUGACAACCACGGUGCCACCUACGCCUUCCGUGGGACCCACUACUGGCGUCUGGACACCAGCCGGGACGGGUGGCACAGCUGGCCCAUUGACCAUCAGUGGUCCCACGGUCCUUCGGCCGUGGAUGCUGCCUUUUCCUGGGAUGACAAGCUCUAUCUGAUCCAGGGCACCCAGGUCUAUAUCUUCCUGACAAAGGCGGGCUACACCCUGGUAGACAAUUACCCAAAGCAGCUGGAGAAGGAGCUCGGGAGCCCUCACGGCAUCAGCCUUGACGCUGUGGAUGCGACCUUUGUCUGUCCUGGGACGUCUCGGCUCCACGUCAUGGCAGGACGGAAGCUGUGGUGGCUGGACCUGAGUUUAGGCGCUCAAGGCCCGUGGACCGAGCUUCCCUGGCCGCAUGAGAAGGUCGAUGCAGCCCUGUGCACGGAAAAGUCUCUCGGCCCCAACUCGUGUUCCGCCAGCGGCCUCGGCCUGUACAUCGUCCACGGCCCCCAUGUCUACUGCUACAAAGACGUGGAGAAACUGGUCUCGGCCAAGGCGCUGCCCCAGCCCCAGAGCGUAAACAGCCUGCUGGGCUGCCAUCGGUCUCGGGGCUCCUGAUGCGAGCCUGGCCCAGCUCCUCCUCCUGGCUUUCCUUGCAAUGAAGCCAGAGGGCUUCCUGGCUUGAUCAAAGCUGUAAAUCAACCAUAUGGUCUAAUAAAAAAUGAACGAUAACGACAA